AUGAAGACAUCAACCACCACAAUGCUUUUCAUUGUCUUUGCUGCGUCUGUUGUCAGACCGGAUAAUAUUUCUCCGCGAGAUAUUGAUGCCCAGAAACUCUGUGGAGACCUUGAAGUCAUGAAGAUGGACGUCAACCAGCUCCCCCCUGGCAUUUCCCUGGACAACGUCCGGAUGUGCGAAGAGCACCCUCUCCAUCAGGAUGACAUUGAUAUAUUGGAUGGAGCAUCUCUAGCUCCCACUGAUGUUCGUCAAGGUGGUGGCACGUCGGCUCUCCCACUCCAGUUUGGGACGAUGAUGAUUUUGGUUGCGGUAAACGUUGCCAACGUUGCGGCUGUGGCUGCUAAUGGGAGGCUGGAUAAGUUCCCGAAUUAG